GAAGCUCUCUAUCUUACUCUUUUGAGACGGUUUAGUACAUUUCCCACAUGCAAGUUGUUUAACAUGGAAACACAUACACAUGUUUAUAUCCUUGUAGCAUUCUUGCUAGGAACGAAAGGACUUCUACUCAACCUUAAUCAAACGCAAGGUCCAAGUAUGUUCGAGAGAUUAAACGCAUUGGAAAAACAGCUUGCUGACGAAAAAAGGCAACGAUAUCUACUACAGGUGGAAUACAGCGAAGAAAAGGAGAGGAUUGCGGAACUAAGACAUCUGCAAGACACCAUGAACGAAACAAAUCAGAAACUACUCCAAGAUUACAACUCCGACCCAAAACGAUUCCAAGAUAUCUCAACCCAAAUCAGGGGAGCCCUAUUGAGCAUUUACAACCUUGACUCCAAGCACAACCUAGAUAUACAAAAAGUGCUAGACGCACUUCGAGAUGUCCAAACCUCAUUGACCGAUAUAACGUCAAAUCAAUCUGAUAUUUUUCAACUUCAGCGGCACUUCCGAGAGAAGCAAAACGUUUUAUCAAACAUGUUGGACGCUGUGAAACGUAACCAAACCACAAAUAAAGAGAAAAUAAAGAGUUUGAGGGCUAGUUUAGUCAGCCUGGCAAACAGCCAGAAAAACUUACAGUCGACAGUGAAUUCCACCUCAAAUAAACAGACCAGCCUAAACACACAGUUUAACAAAAUACAGAGGUCUAACGUAGCCUUCGUUGCUGAACUGAGUCACGACGUAGUCAAUCCACAAGAUAGGUACCACAUCAUCUUUGACAAUGUAAAGCUUAACAUUGGUGAAAAUUACAGUGCAAAUAACGGUGUGUUCACAGCCCCAUACCCAGGAAUCUACCACUUUGCCUUGGAAUUGACCUCCCCUCCACAAUCCAGCGAUCAUACACUACAUGUUCAAAUCAUCAAGAAUUCCGUAUCCGUUGCCGUAACAUUUCUAGAUAGCAACACGCAGCAAUACCUAAGAAGAACUGGUUCAAUUAUUUUAGAACUGGACACAAGCGAUCUUGUAUGGUGUCAAACAGACCAUCCUUUCGACUCGAAUACACUAACAUCUGGCAAUACCUAUUCAAUGUUUUCCGGAUUUAUUAUCCAUCCUCUGUAAAAUAUUAUACAUAACUUACUUCAAUGAUAUUAUUUCCAAUACGGAAUAUCCUCUUCCUUUUCGUUUUAUGCAACUUAGUAUAUGACAGCAUUUGUCCUGAAAUCAAUUUUCAAGUUGCACAGUUCUGUUUUCCCCUUUGUUGAACUCCCACAUGCGACCAAUUUAACGAUUUAGUGGUUAUUAGCCUCCAUUAUGACUAUAACAAGAUUUGAAAUUAAUAUUAACUUUCAGGUAAGCACAAUUGUCCUCAUACCUCUAUAGGUUCGUCUACAUUUUUAAUUAUAUUUGAAAAGUCCACGAAAGAAGUUACCGAAGCAAGGUAGGUAACCCCUUGGGUUAUUAUUUCGCGCCUUCUGUUUGGGUUGCAGGGGUACCACAUAAGGCCUCUUGAGAGUGGGGUCACUUUUCAGAUCUCUAGAAUUUUUUGAUAUGACGUAAUUGAAACAAAAAUGAUCAAGAUAUAGAUAACAAUGUAGACUAACAUAAAACAUUUGGGGAAAUUCGUUCACCCGAAAGUUCCGAAUUUUACAUCUAAUAAGAACAUAAAGUUAAAGGUUCCUUUGAUCACGCUAUAUCUGAUAGAGAUUAGAGAUCUGACAAAUGACCCAAUAUCUGGAGGUCACAGGUGGUACCCCUAUAACGCCAAAAUGAUGGCGAAUGAUAUUCCAAAUAAUUGACUACAUUGCCUCAAUAUUAGUUUAGUGGACUUUUCAAAGAUUUUAAAAGUGCUUACUAAACUUUUUUAUGAAGCAGUGAGAUGUCGAAUUGGGGACUUUCUGGUGGGUCUAAUUGCCCCCAGAGACUCACUGAUCCCUUUUUAAUGGUACUAUAUAUGAUAGUCUGCAUUGUUUUCUAUCGUUUGAUUAAUUUGAAUUUAUUGGAUCACCCAAUAUCUAAUGCGUAUUGAGAUCUAAACAGUGACUUCACCCCCUUGAGUCUCCAUGUGGUACCCCUACAACCAUUAGCAAUAGUAAUAUAGGGAGACAUAUACUAUCAUAGUAAAUGUUUCCCCUUUAGAAUGAUUGUAAAAUAUCUACUUGGUAAUUCGAUUCACAGAAGUUACAACAAAAUAUAACAGGUUUUAUAAUUAAUUUUAGGGAUUUUAUUCAUAUUGAAACUAAUGAUGUUCACUAUGAAGGAAAUAUUCGUUAUACUUCUUUCAGCCUCGAUCUGUUUGUGUAUCCAUGCGUCUGAACUUAUAUAUAUCCCUGACCAUAUAAAUUUGGAUGUAAUAGUACCCAGAAAUGAUUCCAUGACAAUCUGGAGAUUGGGAAAAUUUUAGACCAUGGCGGAUUUCCGCCAAUGGGGAAAGCUACACUAACUUUUGGCAAGGGGAAAUUCUAUAUUAGGAUACACUUUCCCCCAGGGCAAAAAAUCUUACCUGCUUUCCAUUUUUUAUGGAAAUGCUAUAUAAGAAAACAGAGAAGAAAUGAAAACAAGGUGAUCAUGUAGGUAUUAAUCAACACUUCCCACUGGCAAAUAAAUUCGAUUUGAAACAUUA